CAAACUCACACAGGCAAAGGAAAGCUCCACAAAGUGUUCACAUAAAUGUGUGAUAGGAGAGGAUGCAUUGAUUGUUAAUAAGUACAAAUGUGUGGCCUUUAUUGGGAAAGUGGUGAAUGUUGCUUUGCAACAAACAAAAAAGAGGUCAAGACUGAAAACAAUAGUGGAAGCAGCAGGUGAAUUUUUGGGGAUAAAGGAUAUAACCGUUGAAAUGAUGCAUGAUAUGCUAGCCUCCAAUAAUGAUGAUUCACAGAUUAGUGAGUAGAUGAAUGGUUUUUCUCAUUCUGCAGUGGAAUGCUAGAAGCCUUAUUGCAAAUGGACAAGAAUUCAAGACUUAUAUAUAUCAGUUAAAAGAAAAACCAGAUGUUAUUUGUAUUCAAGAAACAUGGCUGACGACUCACUUGGACUUCAUAAUUGGGGGAUAUACUGCUAUAAGACAAGAUAGAAAUGAUGGCCAGGGAGGGGGAUGUGCAAUCUUUAUCAGAGAAGUAAUGUCUUAUAGUAGGCUAACAUUUAAGAACAGUCAUGAUUUAGAAAUAGUGGGUGUAGAAGUUUGGAUUAAUAAAAGGAAAAUUAGUGUCCUGAAUUUUUAUAAUCCAUGUAAUAAACUCAAAAUAGAGGAAUUAGACAGUCUUUGCCAAGGAAAUGAAAUAAUAUGGUGUGGUGAUUUUAAUGCACAUAAUACAAUGUGGGGAGGGAGAUCAACAGAUUACAACGGACAGGUGGUGGAGGACUUAAUGGAGGCAAAGGAAUUCGUUUGUUUAAAUAAUGGGCAAGGUACAAGACUCAAUUUUAGAGAUGGAACAGAGUCUGCGAUCGACCUAACUCUUGUAACAAGUGAAUUAGCUUCGGGUAGCAGUUGGGAAGUAUUGGCAAAUAACAGUAUUGGGAGUGAUCAUCUUCCGAUUAUAAUCAAGUUUGAUAUAAGUAAUGUGGUUGAGCUAGAUGGUAUCAUGAGAUGGACCUUUUCUAAAGCAAAUUGGGAGAUGUUUGCUGAAUUGUGUGAUAAGGAAUUUGAUCAGAUUGAUAUGGCAGGAAGUAUUCAUGAAAUAAAUGAACAAUUUACUUCAAAUAUAAUUAAAAGCGCUAAUCAAACUAUUGGGAAUAAAACUGGUAAACUUAGUAAAUGUGUUAAGAUGGUACCGUGGUGGAACAAAGAAUGUAAUGAUGCAAUUCGAAACAAAAUCAGGCUGUUUGGAAAGCUAAGAAAGACACAUUCAUUACACAAUUUAUUAGAAUAUAAAAAGGCACAGGCUCAGGUAAGGAACAUUGUUAAAAGAGCAAAAAGGGAGUGUUGGAGAGGAUUCUGUUCAAGUAUUGGGAGAACUACACCAUUAGAUAAAGUAUGGGGAAUGGUUAAGAAGAUGAGGGGAAUAAGACAGCAGAGUAACCUGCCAGUGUUGGAGAAUGGAGGGGAACCUGCCACCGGUGCUAUGGAUGGAGAAGGCAGAAAUUCUAGCUAA